AUGGGAGAAAAAUGGGAAGAAAAACAAGUAUUCGUGCUUGCUCCAUGGGAGGCACCGAUCCCAUGUUACAUUGAGAACCAAGAAGCCGCAAUAAAAACCCAAAACAGCAUUUAUGAUAGUGCGGCGUGCACAGAUGAGGCCAGCAUGAUCUCCACAGAUGGAAGCGGACUCGCAGGACACAUUGGCGCAUCAAUGGUCAAUCUCUUGCAAGGUGUAAGCUCACAAAGAAGGUAUCUUGGGACAGACUCCCAGUCCACGGUGUACGCUGCCGAGCUCAGUGGUAUUGAGAUGGCACUCGCCAAAAUCAGGAAUGAUAAAGAAUAUCAAACGGCUCGAGAAGUGACCAUUUUCUCAGACAGCCAGGCUGCCAUCCAGGCAGUCCAAAACCCACAACGACCAUCUGGCCAGUACAUACUCGGGUUAGCAUACGAUCAUGUACGAACCAUCCGGUCGCAAAAUGAAACCCGACAAAAUCCAACAACUGUCACCAUCAGGUGGAUCCUCGCACACGUUGGUGUGGACGGUAAUGAAUAUGCCGACUGCGAAGCGCAAGGUGCAGCGCUUCUUGGCGCGGGGAUAGGAGCUGCGACCGGGAGCGGGACGAGAGAACCGAUUAUCCGCCUCGCCGCAGCUGCUAAGACAGCGGAGCGUGAGACAACCUCCGCGCCGACGAAACGCCUGGUGCAGGCGCCGAAUAAGAAGACACUCCGACUAUACGAGGGACUGACGAAGCCGCAGUGUGCGAUCCUGAUUCAGAUACGCACAAUACGGAUCGGGCUGCGUCACUUCUUGUUCAAGAUCAAGGCGGCAGAGUCCGACCGGUGUUUAUGUGACGAGGGCUCGCAGACACCAAAACAAAUUCUGAUGCAGUGCCCGCGGUAUACCAUGCCGCGCACGAAAUUAUGGGACCAGUUGUAUGAUCUCGGUAUCGAGAUAGAUUACGACAAGAUCAUUUCGAACCCGCAGGCCACCCGCUACGUGGUCAAAUUCAUACACCAAACAAGUCUCCUCCGGCAGUUCCAACAUAUUGGGAUCGAGGACGACGAUGACGAACCGGUAGGCCUUGCGGCAAUAGAUCUAGGUGUGGAAGACGAUGGGUAUCAGCCAAUGACGAAAACGAAGCUGGGAAACGAGAAGCUCAGCCAGAGUCGACAAGCAUGCCAGGCAACUGGCCAUGAAUAA